AUGGCUUCUCCCCUGGACACCCACAAUACAGAACCCACACCCUCCUACACCAACGUCAGCACAACAACAAUGUCCGACGAAAAACGAAACACUGUCCGCGCCCUCGUCGAAGCCGACUUGCUCGAUGAACGCUACGCCCAGACCCAGCGCGGCCUGUCCAGUCGCCAUGUGCAAAUGAUGGCUCUAGGCGGCACAAUUGGUACCGGCUUAUUCGUCGGGUCUGGUCAAUCGCUCGCCAUCGGCGGUCCGGCUUCAUUGCUGCUGGCGUAUAUCUUCAUCUCGGUGCUUGUGUACAGCCUCGUCACCGCCAUCGCCGAGAUAGGCGCCUACAUGCCCGUUCACGGUGGCACCAUGAGUUAUCACGGCUUUCGCUAUGUGAGUAGGAGUCUGGGCUUUGCGAUGGGGUAUCUUUAUUGGUAUUCCAUUGGGAUUUUGGUUCCCUACGAGAUUACGGCUGCGUCGCUUGUUAUAACUUACUGGAAUCCGGACGUGAAUGUGGCGGUUUGGAUUACGAUUAUGAUGGUUGUGAUUGUUGCGCUCAAUUUCUUACCGGUCAGGUUUUAUGGUGAAUCUGAGUUUUGGUUUGCGAGCAUCAAGAUCCUUACACUGAUGGGACUGUUAAUGCUCAGUUUCAUCCUGUUUUGGGGAGGAGGACCCAAUCGUGAACGACUUGGGUUUCAUUACUGGAAGGAUCCAGGCUCGUUUAAUGCCUAUAUUAUCGACGGGGGUGCGGGUCGGUUUGUGGGCUUUUUACGCUGCGUUGUCUCCAGUGCUAUUGCAUUCAUCUUUGCUCCCGAAUUGAUCAUUAUUUCUGGCGGUGAGAUGGAGUCUCCGCGACGAAAUGUGCCGCGUGCAGCUCGUCGGUAUAUCUAUCGACUGGUGUUUUUCUAUCUUUUUGCCGUUUUGGCUAUUGGAGUCAUUUGUCCAUCGAACGAUAGUCGAUUGACCAAUGGUGGCGCUGGCGCAGGCUCGUCUCCGUUUGUUGUGGGCAUCAAAAAUGCAGGUAUCCCGGUUCUGGAUAGUAUCGUCAACGCCGCCGUCUUGACGUCUGCCUGGUCUUCAGGAAACGCGUUCUUGUACAUGUCGUCCAGAUCACUGUACGGAUUGGCCAUGUCCGGCAAUGCGCCUAAUGUCAUGAAGACUUGCAACCGAUGGGGUGUGCCCUGGGUUGCAGUGGCGUGUUCCUCUCUCUUCUCCUUGCUUGCAUACCUCUCUGUGGGCACCUCCAGCUCGGUUGUAUUCAACUGGUUUGUCAACUUUACCAACACCUCCGGCUUCAUUUCGUGGAUAUGCUGCUGCAUCGUGUACUUUCGCUUCCGCAAAGCCGCCGAAUGCCAGAGCGUUGAACGCCCGUACCAGUCCCGAAUACAACCCUAUGGCGCAUACAUCGCCAUUGUGGGAUGCGUGUUCCUGACCCUAAUCAAUGGGUUCACUGUAUUUUUCCCGUCCAAUUGGUCAGUCAGCAACUUCUUCACUGCGUAUAUCGGUAUUCCGGCGUUUUUGGUGUUGUAUUUUGGUCAUCGUGCGGUCUUUUGGAAGGAUCCCUGGGCAUGGAGGCCCGAGCAGGUGGAUUUGCACACUGGGUUGGAUGAAAUUGUGGCCGCGGAACGGCCUUCUCGGGUGCGGGACACAUGGUGGAAGAAGCUGAUGGUUGUGAUUGAAUAG